CCUUACCAGUUUUCAAUGCACACCACAGCUCUGUAUCAGGGAAUUGUCCAACUGCUGUUAUACUUCACUUGGAUCUGGGUUGGCCUGGUGGUUCCAGAUGAUAUGAGGGGAGAACUCUAUCUUAGGGACAUNACNGAGGAGAUGAUCAGCCAUGGAAUUUGUGUUGCAUUUGCAAAAAAGGUUACAGAAUAUUCUAGUAAGAACACAGUAAACUGGAAACGUUUUAUGGAACGAUUCACUUUUACACCUGUUAUCAUUACUUUUGGAGACACACAUUCUCUUCUGCGAAUUGUCUAUUUUGUCAUUUUCUAUAAUAUUUUAGGUAAUGUUUGGAUCACAACUUCUGAUUNGUAUAGCACCACAUUACCCUUUGAACAGAAUUUAAUUUAUACACACUUUGGUGGAGGAUUAUCAUUUUCAUUUCACACGGAUGAAAUUCUGGGAUUCAAGGAUUUUCUCAGAAGUGUUCAACCUAGAAAAUACCCUCAUGAUAUCUUUAUCCAGCAUGUAUGGUCAAGCUUAUUUGGAUGUCCACAUUACUACCAGCACAGAGUCUGGGAUCUAAGUCAAUGUGAGCCAAAUGGCAGCCUGAGCACACGACCUCUGCAUGCUUGGGAUAUGAAUACCUCACCUAUGAGCUACAAAGUCCAUGCUGCUGUGUAUGCUAUUGCCCAGGCACUCCAUGAGGAGCUGUCACUCAGAGUGGAACGAGGGUCUCUCGAUAAAAGUGUACUCCGGGCUCCUCUCCCAUGGAAGCUCCAUCCAUUCCUACAAAAGGGCCAACUUGGGAGAAGCACCAAUGAGGAGAACACUGUGAACAAGGAAGUUUCAGCAAUCAAGCUUGACAUCUUUAAUUACCAGUCUCUGCAGAACGGUACUGAAGCUCAUGUGAAGGUUGGCGAGUUUGUCUUUGAAUCUCACAGUGUUCAGCAUCUUUCACUAAAUGACAAAAUAAUAACUUGGGGUGAACACCACAGUCAGACUCCUUUAUCUGUUUGCAGUCAAAGUUGUCCACUUGGAUUUAGCAAAACAGCUGUUGAGGGGAAACCAUUCUGUUGUUUUGAUUGUGUCCCAUGUCCAGAUGGAGAAAUUGCAAAUAAAACAGAUAUGGAUCAAUGUAUCAAGUGUCCUAAAGAUCAGUAUCCAAAUAAACAGAGGAAUCAGUGUCUCCCUAAAAUUAUGGUAUUUUUGGCCCAUGAAGAUCCACUGGGAACUGUUCUUGUUUCCUUGGCCAUUAGUUUAUCUGCCUUUUCAGCUAUGAUUCUAGGAUUAUUUAUCUGCUAUCGAGAAACACCCAUUGUCAGAGCAAAUAACAGAAAUCUCAGUUAUCUCCUCCUCAUUUCUCUAAUGCUCUGUUUCUUUUGCUCACUAAUGUUCAUUGGUCAACCCAGAACAGUCACUUGUGUCUUGAGACAAAUUAUUUUUGGGAUUGUAUUUUCCGUUGUCAUUUCUGCUAUCUUGGCAAAAACCUUCAUUGUGGUUGUGGCCUUCAAAGCCAUCAAACCAGGAAGCAUCUUAAAAAUGGGGAUGGUGACCCGACUCUCAAAUGCCAUAGUAUGCUGUGGUUCCAUCAUUCAAGUGUGCAUCUGUGCAGUCUGGCUGGGAACAUAUCCCCCUUUUCCUGAUGUUGACAUGCACUCAGAGUCUGGGCAAAUCAUACUCUGGUGUAAUGAGGGGUCCACCCUUGCUUUCUAUUGUGUUCUAGGGUACUUGGGCUUUCUGGCCAGUCUCAGUUUGCUUAUUGCUUUUCUGGCUAGAAGGCUACCUGACAGCUUCAAUGAGGCAAAAACAAUCACAUUCAGCAUGCUGGUUUUCUGCAGUGUGUGGAUUUCUUUUGUACCCACUUACCUGAGCUCGAAAGGCAAAACCAUGGUGGCCGUGGAAAUUGUUUCAAUUCUAGCCUCCAGUGCUGGCUUACUGGGAUGUAUAUUUCUUCCCAAAUGCUAUGUGAUCCUACUGAGGUCAGGUGGUCAUUCAAGAAAGAAGUUCUUUAAAUGA